AUGCUUUCCUUCAACCAUGGUGGCGGACACCCUGUGCGCCGAUGCACGCCCAUCGUGUGCCUACUUUGCAGUCCUGGUCGGUUGGCUGACAGGGAAGGACUACAUGAACGACUCCUGCCCGAAACAUCGCCGACUUGCAACGCAGUUCCAAGCCAAUGGGACGGCGCAGUGGAACAGGAUUGGGUCGAGAUCUACACGAAGGGGGGGGGAGGGCUCAUUGGUGUGCCCAUUGGGUUUGCCCUCUCGAGCUUGCCCUCUUGCGCCCUGCCACUGUGUGAGAGCUUGGGCUUGGCAACCUGGAGGCCCUUUAGCUGUUUGUGCCCUAUAACAUUGAGAGCCUUCGGUCUUUUGGUGCUUGAUGGCGUCCUAAGUGGAUCACGCUCUAUCGGGCGAGGUUACUUCAUUGAGUGUCUUGGCUCUUGGGAAGGUAGCCCUGCUGCACAUUACAAUGCAAGACAACAUGUCUAA